CCUUGAUUGAAAACAUAAGAGAUAACAAGGAGAACCUGUAAAAGAGAGAGAAAGUUGCACUUGUAGGUCAAAAUUAGUCCGAGACAGUGUCUUCUUUCUUUUUUCUCUCUCUCUUUUUUUCUUGUAUAUAGACUAUGUCGCCUGAAUACGACGACACUAGCAGCUCUGCAAGACAAUUGCAGCGUAGAGCUUCCCUUGUAGCUGCUGUCAAUGAAGUGCUGCCUCCUCCUGUUCAUUUUGAAUCACUCCGUGUUUCUGAUGAUCAACUCAAGACAUACACAAAUAAACAUGUUAAAAAGUUUUAUCAGCAUCAAAAUGACAUGAUUUCUAAAUUUACUCAAGUAGAUCGAGUCAUUGAUUCUAUUAAGAGAGGCGAAAUACCUCUUUCUCAAUCAGCCUAUGGUAGUAUUCCUAGAGAUGAAGAGCAUGGUCUCCUUCAAGACGAAACAGGUGCUCCUAAGCCUAUGGAUGUCAGUGCUGCUCAACCUUUACUUAGUCGCUCAAGUUCACCUGAUCUCGAUACUAAAAAGUCCCCCAUGUGGAUAAUUCAUUUAGCCAUCAACCUAUCCUUCUUUGCCAAUGUAGCCUUAUUUCUUACCAAGAUUAUUCUUGCAUGGUAUUCUGGCUCGAUGGCCUUACUCGCCUCUGCCUUUGAAAGCUUUUUAGAUAUUGUCAGUAAUGCUAUCAUCUUCUUUACAGUCAGAAUCAUUCGACAGAAGGACUACUAUACGUAUCCUGUAGGCAAAUCACGUAUGGAACCCUUGGGUAUCAUUGUAUUUGCUGUUGUAAUCACCACAUCCUUUUCACAAGUCUUGAUUAGCUCCAUAGAGAAGUUGACUUCAGGUGAAGCUACCGAACAGAUUGAUUUGAGUAUGCAGGCCUUGAUUAUUUUGGGAGUCAAUGUGGCUGUCAAAGCAGUCCUUUGGGUUUGGUGUGCUUCCGUCAAGGGAAGUUCAAGUGUCGAAGCAUUGGCUUAUGACCAUGAAAAUGAUGUGGUGUUCACUAUCUCAAGUACUUUGUUCCCUGUUGUAGGCAACUAUAUGGAAUGGGGAUGGCUGGAUCCAUUAGGUGCCAUCUUGUUGUCUAUCUAUAUUAUUUAUGAAUGGAUGGGGGUCUUGCUUGAGAACAUUCGUCGAUUGACUGGACAAGCAGCUAGUGCGGACGACCUUAAACAAUUGACUUACAUGGCCUACCGUUUCUCUAAAAAGAUUCAAGCUGUAGAUACUGUCAGAGCUUAUUAUAUUGGAGAUCGUUUGUUGGUCGAAAUUGACAUUAUCUUGCCUCCCGACUGUCCCUUAAGAGAAGCUCAUGAUGUAGGGGAAGCAUUGCAAGACGCUUUAGAAUUACUAGAGAAUGUAGAAAGAGCCUUUGUUCAUCUUGACUAUAGUGCAGAACAUGACAUUGAACAUAGAAGAGUAGUCGAUGAUGUUGGCUUUAAUCCCUAA